CAUUCAGAAUUAUCCCUCAUAUCAAACUAUACAUACAACAACUCUCCAGCUAGCAAACACGACAGAAAUAUAUAUAUAUAUUACUUUCCAUUCCAAAUUACAACAGCAAGUUAGAGUUCAAUUAGUUUUUUUUCCAAAUUGUUAACAUUAAAUGUCUGCCAAGAGUGGAUCCAACGAACUAAGCCCAGACGAGAGGGCUCUGGCUGGUGUUAAUUUGUUAUUGAAAAGCGAUUACAAAUCGCUUAAAGAAUUGCGUAAUGGAGCGGUCUGGUGCCAUCUGCUCGAUCGGAUAUUGCCGGGCAGUGUUCGUCUGGAAUUGGUUAGUGAAUAUAGCACUAAUCUCACCGACUGGCAUGCGAACUAUCAUCUGUUGCACACCUCAUUGAGGCAGCUGCACAUACCAAUGAUCCUUCGAGUACACGAAAUAAUUGAUGGCGAUGCUGAACAAACUAUGCAUUUAGUUUAUUCCUUUCUGGAGCUUUAUGUGCGUAAGGAAACUCUGGGCAGUCAGUUAUCGCUGCCAAAGAAGUCGGAUAAACUGCUGCCACGAAUAGGCAGUUCCUGUUUCGUACUCAUUCCGAAAUUGAAAAAUAUCCUAGCAAUUUUCCAUGACGAGAAGGUGAAGCAACACCAAAUUGAGCAGGCAGAAAAUAAUGAUGAAAAAGAAGUGACAAUUGCUAAAAUAGUGGAAAAGCAGCCCAAGAAACGACCUUGGCUAUUGGAUCGAGCUGGAUUCUGGUCAGCGACCAGUCGGCGUAGUUGUUUUCUACCAAAACGUUUAUUCACAAAAAUAGGAAAACGCAUGGCGGCAGGACAUCAGGAAGAGGAGGAGCCAUUGCAAUUGCAAGUGCAACAUUUGUUGGGACAGCAGCAUUCGCAGAUUAUGCCAAGUGAAACACAAACAAGUCGAUCUGAACCCGAUGGACAACAAGUCCUUGAGACACAGCCACAGCAAAAGCAACAAAUUGUUUUAAAAAAAAAGCCUCAAAUCGAUAAGUCACUGGAACGGCAGCUAAUUCAAGAAUGUUCUGAACUGGAAAGGGCCGAGCUAUUCAUGGAACGUCUUUGGUUACAAUGUCGCGAAAGGCGUAAACAUGCCCAUAACAACAAGAACAACACGAAAUGGCAACUUUAAUUGCCAUAACAUCGAGGUGUGAAGUGAAGUGUGCCACGAAAAGGGAUGCCGCGUUACUUUUUCCAUUGCCAGCUUUUGCUGUUUGUGUUGAUGCAAUUUGUACAAUCAUUGCCAGUAUCCAAUCCGGAGAUAUCCAACAAGGUGACAAAUUCGGUUAAUAGUAUCCAAGUGCAGCAGCAGCCACAAACAUCGAGCGGCAGUCAAGAUCUUCAUCUGAAUACGCUGAGUGCGUUUGCCAGCAGCUAUGACCAGGCUCAGCAGCUGCAGCAACAACAACAACAACAACAAUCCCUACCAAUUGAGUCCGGAUUUAAGCCAUCAUACAAAAUGCCCGAAAUGGAGACCAACUUCACACCCAUGCAGACAGCUGGCACUCCCAGUGUGGCCAGCUUGCCAUCGACGCCCAUGCUAAUGCAAUAUCUGCCAGCUCAAACCCUCCAGGAUGGCAGCGGGGCCGUUCAGUAUCUGCAGCUUAUACCCACCAGGCCGAUUAUAGUGCCAAUUAGUCCAUAUUUGGCAGCAGCAGCAGCCUCAGCAAACAAUGGCAAUGCGGCUCCAUCUUCACCACCAGCUGCCCCAUCCCUCACACCGCAUGCAAAUGCUCAGCCGGAUUAUAGCGGACGCAAUGCCGCCGUCCUCAGUGUAUCGCCGUCCAUCAAUUCUGGUAUUGGCCUUCACUAUGGUUCGCUGCAUCAUGGCUAUGCCGGUUCAAUAUCACCAGCGGCUGCUUAUCGCAACAGUUAUCGCAUCAAUCGUGAGGCCAAGGACAAACACUUCCCUCCCGCCUUUACACUGAAUCUCAAUGAAUAUAUACCGAGUGCCACGCUCCUUGGCGGCUCUUCAGUGGGAGGAUUGGGCGGAGCCAGUCAUGAUGUAACCGCUGCCAGCUCAGCUUCACACCCACAUACUCACAUGUAUAUUAGAGCCAGAACAACAUAGAUUUCUAGCAUCAACAAGUCCAAGCCAAAGGUCAUAUUAACCCAUGUUUACAAUUGUUGUUAAUCCUUUUGAAUAAAAUGUGCUGAAAGAAUUUCAAACCUUGA